UCCUGCUUCUUCCUCUUCCUCUUCCUCUUCCUCUUCCUCUUCCUCUUCUUCUUCUGCCUCUAUUGCAGUGAAUAUUGUUCAUUUCGUUCAACUCAUUUUGUUCAUACCUCACUCAACUUCGAUCGCUACAAAAUUACCAGAAUCAUUCUCUUGAAUUUUCAAUUCGUUUUUGGAAGAACUUCUUUUUUCUUUUCUUUUCUACAAAAUCUGUUAAUUCAACAAUCGCCUCUUUGGAUAUUGGGUGGUACUUUUUGUUUUUAUUGAGCUGAGGUGAUCGAAAGAGUCGAUUCUAGGAAGACGGAAAAGGAUAUAGCAAAAGGGUUCGAAUGCUUGUACAUGAGCAAGGACGACUACAGAAAGAAAUUAUGAUCCAGCAAAAUUUGGGAAACAAUUUCGAUUCCACCUUCACCACAACUUACUUUUCGACAUCCAACAAUGAGAAUUAUCAUUGCGGCAAUAGCAUAUCAUACGAACCGUUGAAACUAUCCCCAUCUCAAACAAUGGCGAAAGUAAUAUCGAAAGAUGGGAAAGGACUCAACAACAGGAGCAAACGAAAACAAAGGUGGACUGGAUCUUUUACCAAGGCAGCCAUAAUAUCAAUUCUCGCAAGUGUACCUCUUGCAAUUGCAGAUUGUAUUUCUCUUUCAGAUUCUACUCAAUGUCCUGCAUUUACUUCCGCUUCAAUUGAUACAAACUUGACCGGACUUUUCCCAUUUUUAUCAUAUGUUUCCGAUCGCGCUACUUUCGACACUCAAUUAAGUGCAUACGUUCAAACAAGCUAUGUGCAGUCAAAGUACCAGCAACUUCUCGGAUGCGGAAAUAUAAAUCUUACAAAUACAUCAAACCUUUACGCUCGAUAUACAACCACAGUUAUAUGUAAUUCUAUAAUACAGAAUUCCAAAUCAUCAUGUAGUUUGUCGGAUACCCAAGCACCACCAGUUUGUGCAGAUUCUUGCGCACAAUUCGCGGAGAGCGAAUCGAUAGUAAUUGCUGAUAGUCAACUUUGUCCAAGUCCCGGAAGCAAUGCUAUUUCUCAAAUCCGUGCCGACUUUACAAAUUGCGCAUUACCAUCAGAUUCAUUGACUGGAUCUUGUGUAGAAGGUUCCACUAAUGAACCAGAUAAUUGUGGAUAUGGUAACAGCACAUUCGGACUAUGUCAGUACUGUGGUACUGGUGGACAAAACAGUACAGAUACUUGCUGUUAUAAUUCAGGAGCAGAAUCACGUUGCGCUGGUGUAGUAUUACCCACGAUUACAGGAUUCAUCACCUUCUCGACAAGUACUGCCUCCUCAAGUUCAGGAACAUCGACUCCAACAUCAUCUUCCACCGGUGCCGCCGCCGCCUCCUCAACAUCGAAUAAGGGACUAUCCAGUGGUGCUAUCGCAGGUAUCGUUAUUGGAUCACUACUUGGUUUGGCUGCACUUGUUGGCUUGAUCUUUUUCAUAUGCUUGCGUAGACGACGUGGAAGUCAGCAUGGAAGUAUCUUAAAUCAACCGACACCUGCCAGAAAUAAUGGAAUGGCAUAUAAUCCCGUAAAUUCUAAUACUACCCCUGAAGGAUACGAAGUACUUCCUGGAGGACGAAUCGCCCGAAUGUCGGCACUCGAAGGACAUUCUCAUUCUGGACAUUCUUCUUCCCCACGCGAUAGAGAUGGAGCAAUUGGUGGCGCUGUAUUGGGAGGUGCGGCUGGCUAUGCUGCCGGACGAAGACAUGAUCAUGAAUCUUCUUCGAGUGAUUUUGGGGAUAGUCCUAGAUCAGGUAUGCAAGGUGGAAUUCUACGACCACCUCCAAAUAGGCGAACCGGUUCUCUUUCCAGUGGCUCAGUUCUUGGACUUGACGAUCCUCAAACUCCUGGUACUGGUAGUAUGUCAUCACCCCGCGGCGUGGCUAGUAAUCAAUCCGAACAAUUACCAUUCUUCAAGGAUUACUAUUCCCAAGAUGAAAUUCACCCUGGCGACAAAGUUGCAACUUUAUGGGCGUAUCAACCACGUGCCGGAGAUGAAUUUUCAUUGGAACGUGGUGAUAUGCUCAAGGUUGUUGGUAUUUGGGAUGAUGGAUGGGCUACCGGAGUCAUGAUAAAUGAGCGCGCCGAUGAGUGGGACGAAAAGCAUAAAGUACAACGCGAUAGUGGGGUUUCGAAUACCUCUGGACGAAGAAAUGAUUCUCCAAAUGUUAGUGGCGAGAUUAAAGCUUUCCCAUUAGUUUGUGUUUGUCUUCCGGAUCAUUGGAGGAGGACAAUUGAUGGUGAUGGUUCGACGGAUUCUGGUGGUCCACCAGGCCUAUAACGACGGCAUUUUUCAUAUUUCUUUCUUAAUCAAUAAUUUCACGGCUUCACGAUCAUCGUAUUUCAUUCAGUACAGGCGUUAAGGACUAUAAGAUUCUCUUCACACACGCACAUCAACCAAUCCUAUAUUCACACGCAUUCCAAUACUUCAUUUACAUUCGAAUUAAAUUUCACGCCCCGUUACGUCUUAGAUUUUACUGACGGUAUCACAUCACAAAUUACCGGUCUUGAGCUUAUGUGCUCAUGGAUUGGCAUUAAUUUUUUAAUGAUGGCAUCAUUUUUUUGCUGCUUGAUUAUGGAAGAACGUUGUUAGAUUAUUGAUACUACUACCAUUUUCUUUCUUAUUACAUAUACCCAAAUUCGUUUAUACUGCUAUUCGGAUGGAGACAAAAUUGGGAGGAUGGAGGCAUUUUUGAUUUGCAUAAUAGUGACUAUUGAAGAAGAUUCAUUCAUUAUUGGGGAUGAAGCAGGCUUUUCAAUAGGAGACUAAAGGGAGUAUGAUAGAAUGAUUAUCUAUAUGGGCUGUUAGGUUCGUUUCAUAGGUAAUCAAAAUAAAAGAAGUUUGAAA